ACACCCCAGUUUCAGUGACACGUCAUUUUUGUGCGGCGUCUGACGGAAGCGACUUACUUAUCUUGAUUCUCUUUGCACGUUUUGGGUCUUUUUGUUCAUAAGAAAACAUGUCCAACUCGGUAAUUUCAGUUAUUUCUCGAUUCUUGGAGGAAUACAGGACCAAAACAUCGAAUAAAUUGAAAGUGGUCGACGCCUACCUUUUCUACAUCUUGUUAACUGGUGCAUUGCAGUUUCUGUACUGCUUGCUGGUUGGCACCUUCCCAUUCAACAGCUUUCUGGCCGGGUUCAUAUCUUGUGUUGGAGCCUUCAUCCUGGGAGUCUGCCUGCGUAUCCAGAUCAAUCCAGAUAACAAAGGAGACUUCCUGUCCAUAUCCCAGGAGAGGGCCUUUGCCGAUUUCUUAUUAGCCCACACUGUCCUGCACCUCGUGGUCAUUAAUUUUAUUGGUUGAGAAACUAAUGAUUUGAACCCUCAGACCAGAUUAACAACAGAUUUGACCAAAAUGCACCUGUCACCUCAAGACAACAUUCAUACAAUAAGAUUUUGCCACCCUAAUUUACCCUAACUAAGUGCAUGGGCCGAUCAAUAAUGACUGUAAUAAUACCCACAUCUUCUACAAAUUUCUGUCACUCAACUGUCAGUUUCUCAAAUAAUUAUUUUGUACUGUUUGUAUGAUUGUUGCGAACCACUUGAGAUUGUUGAAAUAAAAUAAAAAUAAUUGUUGAAGAGA